GAAUAAACAAAAGCAAAAAUUGAAAAAGACAGAAAAGUAAAAGCAACCAAAGAAGAAGAUGAAAAAGUAAUUGAUUUUCUGUACUUUAUAAUAAAACCCAGAUCAACCUAAGGCUGUGAGGCUUCAUCUCUGUUUCCUUUAGUCUCCCCACAAAGGAAUUGGGAAACAAUCCAAGAAAUACAAAGGAAGAUGCUAAUUGUUUUAUUAUUAUUAUUUUUUCAGUAGUUGUAGCUCAGAAGAAUGGAAGGAGUGAAGAAAGAGGGAAUGCAAGGAGAGGUCAGUUGAAGAAGAAGCUAACCAUUUUCUUCAAGUAAUCAAGAAUGCGAGCGUUCUAUAAGAGGAUGAUGAAUUGGAGUUCUUCCAAUCCGGAAUCUAAAAGAGGAGAGGUUUUCGUGGAUUCUGUAGGAAGUGAAAUGAGUGUAGAAACAGCUGAGGCUGCAAUGCUCCCAUCGGCGUCGGUGCAGGCGCCAGGCAGCAAGCUGCCUAAGGGGCGGCACUUGGUCGGUGACCGGGUCGUAUAUGAUAUCGAUGUGCGAUUGCCCGGGGAACUGCAGCCACAGCUUGAGGCCAUGCCGUUCGCGAUGUGUGAGUCGGAUUCUGGAUUAGUUCUUGGACGGAAGAUUGCGGUGAACCGGACUUAUAUUUGUUACGGACUGAAGCCGGGUUCAAUUCGGGUGCUGAAUAUAAACAAUGCACUGAGAUGUUUGCUUAAUGGUCAUACCCAGAGGGUCACUGACAUGGCUUUCUUCGCCGAGGAUGUUCACCUUUUGGCCAGUUCAAGCAUAAAUGGAAGGAUCUUUGUGUGGAAGAUUAAUGAAGGUCCUGAUGAGAAUGAUAAGCCACAGAUAACUGGAAAAGUCGUUAUCGCCAUUCAUAUGGUGGCAGAUGGGGAAUCAUUUCAUCCACGCAUAUGUUGGCACCCUAUCAAUCAAGAAAUUUUGGUUGUUGCGGUUGGAAAUCGUGUUCUGAAAAUGGAUACAACAAAAGUCAGGAAAGGUGAAGCAUUUUUGGCAGAGCAACCUAUCAAGUGCCCUGUUGAGAAGCUGAUCGAUGGUGUCCAACUUGUUGGUAAUCAUGAGGGGGAAGUGACUGACUUAUCAAUGUGUCAGUGGAUGACUACUCGCCUAGUGUCUGCAUCAACAGAUGGCACGGUAAAGAUUUGGGAGGACUGGAUGGCUGUGCCCCUUGUGACACUGAGACCACACGAUGGCCAACCUGUUACCUCAGUUAAUUUCCUGACAGCACCUCAUUGCCCUGAUCACAUUGUUCUUGAAACAGCGGGUCAUCUGAACCGACAAGUGAAGGUGUGGGCCUCAGCAGGCAGUGAAGGGUGGUUUUUUCCUAGUGCUUCUGUGCCAUGGCAGUGCAUUCAGACCUUGGACUUGAAGAGUUCUGCCGAAACUCGAGCUGAAGAGGCUUUUUUCAACCAAGUAGUGGUGUUGCCACACCAGGGCCUUGUUUUACUUGCAAAUGCCAAGAAAAAUGCUAUAUAUGCGGUGCAUGUAGAAUAUGGGCCAUAUCCGACCGCGACACGCAUGGAUUAUAUUGUGGAGUUUACUGUCACAAUGCCUAUUUUGAGUCUAACAGGAAGAAGUGACUAUUCACCAGAUGGGGAACAUGUUGUUGAGGUUUACUGUGUUCAGACACAGGCUAUGCAACAGUAUACCUUGAAUUUAUCUCAGUGCCUGCCACCACCACUGAAGAAUGCUGAAAUUCAGAAGGUUUCUGGUAGUGAUUUUGCGGCAUUUGACCCAUUUUGCGGAAAUGUCCCAACUGAGAUGCCUGUUGAAAGUGUUUCAGCUGCAGCUGAGUAUCCUGUAUUUUCAGGGACCCUAGAGCUUCCCAGACUUGAAUUGGCUACUACAAGUGUUGAACCUAACCCAAGUGCUUUGCCACCUCUGAGUCCGAGGUUGUCAGGAAGACAAUCUUUUAGGAACCCAUCAAAUAACUUUGAGCAAGGUCCCGCACCUUGCGAUCGUUGUGUUGAUCCACCAGUUCUUGAUUGUUCAGUUGAUAGGAGAGUGGAUGUUGGUUGUAUGAAGUUGACUGAUGUUCCUCCCUUUGAUGACAGCUCUGUGAUGGAUAAAACUGAAGUUGGGCGAAAUGACAUUUCUAUGGUACCAAAUCCUCCAAUCACUUUCAAAGUGGGAGAAAUACUAUUGAAGGCAGUUUCUCCUUCUGAGAGUAGUCUUGUUGUCCAGGGCACGAAAGUGGGAAAAAAAAAGGUUCAAGAUGUUGCUGAAAUCAAUGAUAUUGAGAGUGUAGAGGUGGAGGUUAAAGAGGUGGAUCAGCUGCAGGAGUUAGAUUCUCAGAGAGAAAAGCAUAUUCUUCAUGUGGAGAAAAAAGAAAAAUCAUUCUAUACCCAAGCACUGGAUCUUGGCAUUGAGAUGGCCAGAGAUGGCUGUUCAUUGUCUACAGAAAUUUCGGGCAUGGAGGAAACUUGUCAGAUUCAGGAUGUUGGCGUUGCUGAGUUGCUUGAGUGGCCUUGGAAUGCUGGUCAACAAGGCAUUCGGGACUUGAGUAAGGAUGUACCUGAAAUUGAAUCAAGUGCAGCAACGGUAGUUGCUCAGCCGCCUUCAUCAGCAGGAAAAAGGAGGAAAAAGAAAGUAAAACCCUCCCAAGUGGUCAAUCCAUCUUCACCUUCCACUAGCCCUACCAAGUCUGCAGAUUCUUCAAAUGAACCAGGUAGCAGCAAUGGCAGUCCUUCCUUAGAGACCAUUUUGACUCAAAUUCUGGCACUUCAGGAGAGUAUGAAAGAGCUUAUGACCACUCAAAAGGAGAUACAGAAGCAAAUGAUGGCUUUGGUGGCUGUUCCUGUUGAAAAAGAAGGUAGCAGAGUAGAGGCGGCCCUCAGCCAGAGCAUGGAGAAAGCUUUCAAGUCGAACUGUGAUGCUCUGUGGGACCGCAUCCAAGAGGAGAACAAGAAACAGAAGUUAGAGCGGGAUCGCUUACUGCAGACAACGAGUUCAAUCUCGGGCUCUAUGAACACGAAAUGGCCAGCUAUGUUCAAGGAGACAGUGAAGAAAGAAAUUGCUGCAAUAGGACCAGCGGGAGCUCACGCAAUUACCCCAAUUUUGGAGAAGACCGUUUCUUCAGCUCUUGCUGAUUCAUUUCAGAGAGGGGUUGGAAACAAGGCAGUGAAUCAGUGGGAGAACUCAGUCAACUCGAAACUUGAAGCGACAGUGGCUAGACAAAUUCAAGCACAAUUCCAAACAUCUGCAAAGCAAGCUUUUCAGGAUGCACUAAGGGCUAGCUUGGCAUCUUCAGUUAUUCCUGCAUUUGAGCAGGCAUGCAAAGCAAUGUUUGAGCAAGUUGAUGCUGCAUUUCAGAAGAGGAUGGUUCAACAGACUAGCGCUGCACAACAGCAGUUUGAAUCCAUACAUUCUCCAUUAGCACUUGCUUUGAGGGAUGCAAUGAGCUCUGCAUCAUCAAUCACACAAACCUUAAGUGGUGAACUAGCUGAUGGCCAGCGUAAUCUCUUAGCUUUCAUGGCAGCUGGAGCAAAUCAGAAAGCGAUGAAUCCCUUGGCUACAAAACAAAGCGAUGGAUCUUUGGGUGGGCUACAUGACGUGGUUGAGGCACCUUUGGAUCCAAAGAAAGAGCUGGCAAGAUUAAUAUCUGAACAUAAGUAUGGGGAAGCAUUCACUUCAGCCCUUCAAAGAAGCGAUGUCACCAUUGUGUCCUGGUUAUGUUCUCAGGUUGAUUUGCGAGGGAUUCUAUCGGUUCCUCCUCUUCCUCUGAGUCAAGGAGUCCUGCUAUCCCUUUUCCACCAGCUAGCAUGCAAUAUUGGAAAUGAGACCUCCCUGAAGCUAGAUUGGAUGAGAGACGUUCUUGUUGUGAUAGAUCCAGUGGACCCAACGAUUGCGGUGCAUGGCCAGCCUAUAUUUGAACAGGUUUAUCAGAUACUGUACCACCAGCGGUUGCUCCUGACCACCACAGCAGCUGAAAAAAGCAGCAUCUCCCUCGUCAUGCAUCUAAUCAAUUCAGUAUUGAUGAGCUACAAAUGACAUCUUUCUCAUUUGUGCACAAGCUGUUAAGGACUUCUGGUCGCUGUAGGAAGGUUGUAUAGAAAACUAGGAAGAGGAUGCGUGUGUAAAGAAUAGGAGUGUUUGAGAAAAGCUGAGGGGUCAUUUGGCACCUUGUAAUUGUAAUGUAUUGGAAUCCAAUUUACAAUUAAAAUGGAAUCCAUGUGAAUUGGAAUCCUUAGUUGUGUUUGACAGAUUGUAAUUGGAAUGCACUGGAAUCCAAAAAUUGUGUUUGGAUGCCUGUAA